AUGGAUAAUUCCCGCCCCCCAGGAGAGCUGGAGGCGAAGCGGCAAUCCGAAUGUUUCAACAGAUAUUUGAACAGGAUGGUGAAAGGUCGUUGGACAUACAUGUGUUUCCUGCAACACAGACCUCCGGAGUCUAGGGUCUAUGGAACUGAACGGACCGUCCUAGAUUGCAAGAGCCCGAUCUGCAGCAGGACGUUUGAUUCAAGUCAAUAUUGCGUUUCCAUCCGCCCACCGAUGUUCGGCUCAUCUACCAUUCUACCAAAUUAUUAUCACGUACCAUGCUUUGCACAGCUUGCCAACCUGACUUACCUACCACACCUUCAUCGACUGUGGCCGCUCAACCGUUUCACAUGGCGCCGAGCAGACAUAGCAAUAAACUCCCCAGAAGACUCGAGCUACAGGACUAAGGAUCGAUUUCUUGACGUCGGUGCGGAACACCUCCUACAAGAACUGAAGUGGAGGUAUUACAGUCGGUGUAUAAUCAAGGCGGGAGUGACUGAGGCUGCUCAGCUGAUCCAGGCGGGUAAUAUGGACACUGCAAACACAACAAUCCCGGCUGUUUCCAACGAAGAACAACAACUCUUGACAGCUCCAAUCGAUGUGAGCAGGGAAAGGAACCUGUUUGACAUUUACCUACCCAACAUCGGCCUUGCCGACACUAUAACCAAAAGUGACAUUGAUUUUUCAAAAAUCUUGACACACUGGGAAUAUACAUCAUCCAGGUACAGAUUCGAAGAAAACGACGAUGUUCGUGAAGCUUUGGAAGGCUUAGGUUGUCAACCAAAUUCAAGCAACUUUUACGAUGAAUAUGUCGAUUGGACUGCUGUGAAUGGGGCAUACAACCCCGAGGAACCCUUACCUGUGGAAAUGGUUGAAUGGUCCAAACGAUUCAGUAACUAUGUUGAUGAACCGGUCCGGUUGGCUUUCUCGUCGGCAAAUGGCGAGGAAAGCGAGGACAACGAUGAUACCAUGGAUGACGAGGGCAGCGAGGAUGUCAUGGACAGCGUAGAAAGUGAGCACAGCGGAGAAAGUGAGCACAGCGAGUAUGUCCAGGACGAUGAGGAUAGCGACGAGAGUGAGAUCCAAGUGAAUGAUAGUAGAGGAUGCCAGUGGCUUACCGGAAGACCCGCUGAAAAACGCCUCUUUCGCUACCGAAUUUGUACUCGUCUCUUGUGGUUCGUUCUCACGGCCAAGUUUCCCGGUUAG